AUGCAGGGCAUAGGUUCCAGGCCCACGCUGCUGGCGGGCGGCCACGCAGUCGUUGCUGACCGAGAGCCAGCGCAAUGGCGCAUGGGCGGCGCGGGCGGCGGCGUCGGCGGCGGCGGCGGGGCGGCGCCUGCGUUCGGCUGGCCUCAGCAGCCCCCGCUCCUGCCUCCUCAUGCGCAAUCCCCGCCCUCCCACUGGACACCUGGCGCCCCGCCCGUGCGGCAAUCGGCCCCCGGUGACGGCGGCGGCGGUGCAAGUGAAGGCGCGUUCAGUGGCGGCAGCGACGGGGGUAGCAGCAGCAGCGGCAGCGGCAGCAGCAGCGGCAGCGGCAGCGGCAGCGGCA